AUGCCAUCCCACAGCAACUGGUCUGACGGUCUCUUUCUCAAGAUUAUCAAUGUCGUAGCCUACUUCCUCUUCCUCGGUUCCAACAUAUUCACCGUCACCGGGCCUCGUGACAUCUACUACACCGGCAAGGAGACCUACGUGACUCCCGCCCCGUGGGCCUUCCUCAUCUGGUCUCUUAUCCACCUACUUCUCCUCGGCACCAUCAUCUACCAGUUCUUCGAGGGUGGCAAGCAAGUUAUUAUUGACGGUGUUGGCUGGCGGCUGCCCCUCCUUGCCGUUCUCAACGCCAUCUACGUCAACCUUUGGGGCAGGCACUACUAUAUCGCAGCCUUCGUCUUCGCGCUCCUUGUCAGUUCGGCUGUCACGCACAUUUACUACAUCGUCAAGAAGUACCACGAGCCUCAGAGCACUGCGGACGAGGUCUUUGUCCACCUCCCGUUCUCGCUCUAUCACGGCUGGACGACUGUGCUUGUCAUCCUCACCGCGUUCGAAGCAUUCGGCAUCAACGCCUCAGUUGAGCGCGCCGGAGUCUGGACUGACGUAUUUGCGUUCCUCGCCUUCUUCUUCCUCGAGGCGACGGCCGCGACGUACGCCUUCUCGUCCUCGGAGGGCGACCUGCCCGCGAGCAUCGCCAUCUCGUGGUCGCUCUGGGCCAUCUUCGCGCACCAGCGCCACCCGGCGUUCAUCCACUGGUCCGCGCUCGCCUUUUCAAUCCUCUCGCUCGUCUGGGUCGUCAAGGCUGCCAUCGGCGUCGGGCUCAAGAUCCGCAACGGCGGCCGUGGGAUCUCGCUCGACGAGGAGCGUGCGCCGCUCGUUGGCAACUAA